UACGAAAUAAAUAUGUAUGCGAUUUUUUUUUUUCCCCAGAGGAGGAAUUGUGGGAGGAGACCAGUGUCAGUGUCAGCGCUUCAAUAAAGAGCUGCGCACAGAACACGGUUAUAAAGCACUUCACGGCGGAUACAACUUAAGAAUAAAAUCUAGGUCCAAUGGCAAAGCGCGUUGCUGUCGUCCUCUCUGGCUGUGGCGUCUAUGACGGGACAGAGAUCCACGAGGCCUCUGCGGUUCUUGUCCACCUGAGCCGAGCUGGAGCAAAGGUGCAGAUGUUUGCUCCUAAUAUGGAUCAGAUGCAUGUUGUGAAUCACUGUGAGGGGAAACCCACAGAGGAGAAGAGAAAUGUCCUGCAGGAGAGCGCUCGUAUCGCUAGAGGAGACGUCAUUGAUUUAGCAAAGUUAGACAUCUCUGCUUUUGACGCUGCUAUUAUUCCCGGUGGCUUUGGUGUGGCUAAGAACCUGAGUGACUGGGCAGUGAAGAGUAAAGACUGCACCAUCCAUCCUGAGGUGGAGAAGCUUAUUAAGUCCUUUCACAAAGCUGGAAAACCUCUGGGAAUGUGCUGCAUCUCUCCUAUUCUGGCAAUCAAACUCCUGCCUGCGUGUGAGGUGACUGUGGGCCAAGACAAAGAGUGUGAAAGAUGGCCUUAUGCGCAAACUGCUGAUGCUGUGAAGGCUCUGGGAUGCAAACAUGUGAACAAAGAGGUUGAUGAGGCCCAUGUUGAUAUGAAAAAUAAACUUGUAACAACCUGUGCCUUUAUGUGCAAUGCUCCCAUGCACAAGGUGUUUGAUGGAGUGGGUGUCAUGGUUAAAGAGACGCUCAAAUUGGCCUGAACACAAUGAAUGAAGAGGCUGUAAUUGUGUUUUUAAGAUGUUCAAUAAAAUUUUACACUUAA